CAGUAUUGUAGUAACGAUGGGCUAAACGAUGGAAAUUGCUGCGGGCUAUCUACGGCUCGACCAGGUCUUCCCGCUUCCGUGCAACCAUGGGAGUCCUGACCCGGUUAGUGCAACCAACAUUCUCGAGAGCCUUCAGGCGCUCAAUGCGGCGCUGCGCAAAACCACUGCUCCGCGCAACGCUUGGCCAAGUGCCGCCCAAGCGGUUCGCACCGGCACGGCUGUCGCCCCAGGCGAUUUGCGCAACCAACUACAAGCACUGCUCCAAACGGCGCUUCGGCAGCUAGCUGCUAGUGGUGGCAAGGACUGGCCGCAGCAGACGUCGAGGACUUCGUCCGUGUCGUACAUUGUCGCAUCGGAGAGCACCCAAGCGGGUACCAGUGGCGCCUAUGAGCCGCUGCCCCAUGUGGCCAUAAGGCCCCCGGGGCUGUUGCUGAGACCGGGUACGGCAGCGGACGAGCUGGCGGAGGUCGUACAGCAGCAGGGCACCGCGAUGGCGGUUCUGCCAUGGCGCGACGAAGGGGCGGUUCGAACUUACCUGCUGCGACCCAUGGGUCGGAGGCAGUUGCUGAAGGAGCUGGGAGGCACGUUGUGUAGCGGUCAAGCGCUGCGGGAUGUACGGCACGAGCUUCGGGACCGUACGUUUGUCGUACUGCACUAUCACUGGGACGGCGAACGGCUCUGGCCCUGUCAUACCACCGAGUCAGACACGCUCGGCGCGCUGCAGCAUCCGCACCCCCAGCAACCCCAGCAGCGGCAGCAGCUGCUGCAACCAGAAGGGCACGGGGAACGACAGCGCCAGCAGCCCUCUCCCCCGACCACAGCGGAGGCGGCCACCGACACAGCGCUGCAACCGCCUGGCAACCCGCUCGCGCCUGCUGCUGAUGCUGAUGCUGCUGCUUCUCCUCCCUCGUCCGCUGCUCGGGUGGAGGCCGCCGCAGUAGAGGCGGCGGUAGCGGGGCAAGGUGCGGCCGGUGCGGUCGUCACGCAACUCCCACCCGGCCCCACGCAAACCCCACCCCCCCGGCGCUACUCGCUGGAGGAUAGCAACGUUCAGGUGGGGCUGCUGGUCCGCAAGGGCGUGGGCGGCACCUACCCCUAUCAGGCCGCAAGCAAGGCCCUCCACGCUAGCGGCCUGCUGCCACUCCCCAUGCGCCCCCCGGCCGCCGCCAGCGGAGGCCCGCCCCUCCGCCCCCCUCCUGCCACCCCGCACCCCCUCCUGCUCCACCUGCUCCGACCCACCGGCACGACCCCGAGCGCGCAGCCGCCCGCAGCAGCGGCAGCGCCAACCCACACCGCUACUGCCGAACCGGUCGCCACCAGCACUGCAGCAGCAGCAGCUACCGGCUCUGGGACCUCCAUGCACUGCAACCCAGCCGCCGCAGCUGCGGCCGCCCCGGCCAUGACGGCUCCGGCAGCCCCCACACCGGCGGUACCCUGGGCAGCUGCGGCAGCCGGCGCGCACCCCACCUCUGCGUCUGCCGUGGCGACAGAUGCAGCAGCGGCAGCAGCAGCCGCAGCAGCAGCAACGAAUGCCGCCACAGCUCCUACAGCUCAGCACCUGCAGCCAGCUGCUUCCCGCACCCAUGCAUGCGCUCUCGGUGACAGUGGUGCUGGCGGUGGUGCUGGUGCUGGUGGUGGGGACGGUGCGGGUGGGGCUGGCGGGUGCGCAGCGGACCUAGCGGAGGGGGAAGGGGCGCUUGCGGCUGAAGGGGAGGAGGAGGAGGAGAAGGAGGGAGAAGCGGGGAACGCCGCCGCAACGGCUCCAGGGCUGCUGACGAAGGAGGCGUUCCGGAGUACCACAUGGGCCACAUCACCCCCCACUGUGACGCAGAUGGAGGGGGUUGCGCAGGAGGGAGGAGCCACCGCGUCUACUGCAGCUGCGGCUGCUGCCCCGCCUGCUGCUACAGCAUCCUCGGACCCCGCCGCACUGUCUUCAGCUCCUCUCCAGCAGCAGCACCAGCAGCGGCCCGCCACCACCGCCGCCUGCUCCACCACCCCUGCCAGCAGCCCCCAAGGCUCCGGCGCAGGCAUCGCCGCUGCAGUGACCGCCAACGCAACGACACCAGCAGGACCAGCAGGACCGCUGCCACCGUUACCGCUACACCCGCCGCCGCCUGCACCUCUGCAACCACCACCACCACCGCCGCCACGCCCACCCAGCUACUGCUGCCCCCUGGUGCCCGCGUCCUUCCCCGACCGUCCCUCCAUACCUCGGGCUGCCGUACAUGCCAGCAUGCAGAGCUGGCGCAACUCCAUGUGCGCAUACGUGGCGGGCGUGGCGGCGGCGGCAGCAGCGGCGGCUGCGGCUGUGGGGACAGAGGUGACAGAGGAGGCGGCGAUACCGGCGGUGGCGAAGACAGUAUUGCACGCGUCGGAUACGGUAUCGGCAGGCACAGCGUCAGUGGCCGCUUCUGGUGCUGACUCUUCGACUGAUGCAGCUAAGGCAACACUGCCAGCAGCGGCGGCGGCGCAGGCUGCCACUGAAUGCGCCGCCCACCAGGCUGCUUGCACCUUCGGCGUGUCUGCCGCUGUUGGCGGUGACAGUACGGGUGCUGACGUCACGUCCCGGCGCACCCAGGUGGUGGCGGUGGUGGUGGGUGCGUGUGAUGAGGUGCAGGGCGGCGUCAUGGGGGGGCACGGCUUGGCAGUGGGGGCGGCGACACGGCAGUUGGAGGCAGCUGGAGAGGAUGGUGUGUGUGGUGGCGUUCAGGCAGACGACGCGGUGCUGAUGGCGCUGGGGGAGGGGGAAGAGCUGGCUGGGGAGGAACCAGAAGAGCAUGUGGAGGGGGCGGACGGCUUGGUUGCUGCGGCCGCAGUUGCAGCUCCUGCAUACGCAACUGAGGCCUUAGAUGCGGGAGAUGCGGCGAUGGAGGACGCUGGCGUAACUGCAGCGGAGGCAGCCGCGGCGGCGGCAGAAGUAGAGAUGCAGGCGGAGGGAGGAGGUAUGGCCGGGAUGGAUGUUGCAGACGGGGAGGAGAAGGCUGUAGCAGCGGAGCCGGCUGCGGCUACCGAGGAGGAAGAGGAGGGGGCCUCAGAUGACGAGCACGUUCCCAGCGAAGCAGCGGAGGCAGAGGCGGAGGCGGAGGGGGCAGCCGCGGGCGGUGGCUUACAACCGACGGAGAUGGAGGCAGUCGCUGUGGAGGAGACAGUGGCGGAGGAGGCGGAGGCAGUGGCGGAGGCGGUGCAGCUGUCGGGAACUGGCGUGUGUGAGGUGGGUAGGGACGCGGUUGGCGGCGUGGAGGCAGCUGGCGGGGGCUCUGCUGCUGGGCCGCUGUCGGAGCUGGGAUGCCUAGCCGCCGGGGGGACUGCAGCUGCAGCUGCUGUGGCUGCUGCUGCUGCUGUGGCUGCCGGGCCAUCCGCGGCUGCUUCUGAGGCACCAGCCUCAGCCGCACGCGGUGCAGCUGCCGCUGCUGCGAUUGCGCAGCCACGUCAGCCCACCGCUGCUGGCCCGCCUGGUGCUGGCAGCCGCGCUGGCAGCCGUAGCAGCAGCAGCAGUCAUAAGCCCCUCAAGCUGUACAGCUACUGCUGCCGGCUUGAACUCUACGUGGACGAGCAGCUGUGGCGCCGUACCGCCAAACCGAAACGAGACCUGCUGUUUUCUGCCGUACAAGAGGUGGAGAGGCGCCUGCACGACAGCUUCAACGAGUGGAACCACGAGGGCCUUGUGCGGCAUUGUACGUCACUCCUGGCGGCUCUGCGCGCGUCGCCGUCCUCCGAAUGCCUACCUUCUCCUUCUUCUCCAUCACAUGUUCCUCCUCCUCUUCCUUCUCCUCCUGCUAUAUCUCACCCAGCCCCUUUUCCAGUCGCAAGCAAAACAACAACCGCAGCAGAAGCAGCACGCAGCACCCCAGCGGUACCCGCUGCAGGUGCUGCAGCAGCAGCAGCAGUACCCGCAGCAGCGGCACAGCUCUCGACAACAGGCGCAGAAGCAGCGGCAACAACAGCGGCGGCUGCAAGCACGGGAGCUACCGGUGAAGGAGCAGCGGCAGGUGCGACGACGACAGCAGCAGCGGGGACCUUGAAGGCAGCAGCAGCGGCUGCUGCAGCUGCUGUGGCGGCUCCAAUAGGAACGCCACCAGCAAUGGCUCCUGCGGCGGUUACCCAGCAGCAGCAGCAGCAACAAGCGCUGUACCGACAGCUGUUUCUCCAGCUGCUGCACACCGCUCAAUCCCAGACCACCGCUCAACCCCAGCUGCCGCCUCUUGCGCCCUCCCGGUCGGCAGCGACGGACGCAACAACACGUGCAGCAAAUGCCGCCGCCUGGGCUCUUGCUGCAUGUGCAGCAGCAGGCGCAGCAGGGGAGCAGCCGGGACGAGCAGCAGCAGCCGCAGGCGCAACCUCAGCAGCAGCAGCAGCACCAGUAACAAGGGAAUCGACAGCGGCAUCAGCUGUAGGAGCCCCUAACGCUGCGUCGGUACGUGACGUCAGCACCCCCGCAAGCAUGUCGUACACUCCUUCGCUCACAGCGCCCUUACCAGCAUCGUCGCCCCAUCCUGCAACUCAGCCUUCAGCAUCUACACCUACACAGCCCUACCCACCUGCACCCAGACCCCUUCUUUCUCCCCCGCCGCCACUGCCACUGCCGUGCUCCCCUACGGCAGCGACGGCUAGCUUGCAUCUUACCCAGUCCACAGCUUCCCUCGCAACCCCUGCGUCUUGUACGGCAACGUCUCGUACAUCGACCCCUGCCUGCACUUCAACAGCCCCUUCAACGCCGUGUGCGUCUUCCUCCUCCUUCUUUCCGCCCCUCUACCCCGCUGCACCCUCAGCUCCCCCAGCUCCCUCCCUAGAGGCAACAACAGCGCCCUUGUCGUCACCAGCGUGCUGUGUGCCGUGCACCUCGUCUUCACCUGCCGUACCGGCUGCUGACACUGUGUUCUCCGUUACGACAAGCACUAACACGACAAGUGCGACAUGUGGAGCGGAUGGGGCGGCGGAGGCGGCAGCAGCAGCAGCAACAGCAAUGGCGGCGGCGGCGGCGGGCGGGAAUGCGGAUGAUGCGAUGAUGGUGUGUGAGGAGGAGCUGGCGGCGGCGGAGGCGGCAGCGUGUGCGAACGCGGCAGCGGCAGCGGCGGCGGGGGGUCCGGCAGUGGUAGGGGUU